AUGGGUCUUCGAACAGUGUUAAGAAGAUGGUUCCGAUCAGAUCGGUCGGUCAAGGGAACUGAGAAUGGUUCCACUUCGAUAUCGCCGACCGCCCUGGCUCAAAAGCCAGCGUCGCAGCCAGCGUCGCAGCCAGUGGUUGUGAAUGACAGUAGGUGUCGGGAGACACAUCUAUCGUCAGAUAAUGAGGAGGAAAGUAGGGCUCCCAGAGCACGUGGAUCGGUUCCGCCCUCACUCUGGGACCGGGCGUAUGACUCUGUGGAUUCGAAACUGGUCCAAAAGUACGAGAAAUUACUUUCUACAAAGUUGCAGACCCCUGGUGAUACUGCCGAGGAAAACUUUAACUUGGAUGACGUCGUCAACAAGAUCGAGCGUCAAAAUGCAAACACCCGUCACGACCAGAUGAAGAAGGUGACUGACACCUGCUUGCAACGUUUUGAUGAACAAAGCAUGAAAUACCACAUUGGCAGCCGCGAAUAUGUUCUGGAAGAUCAAGUCGCCAACACCGUUCGGGUGAUACAGAACAUGAAAGGUUUCAUUGACGAAGCAGUCAAAGCGUCCCCGGAGGCAUCAGUUGCCUGGGCCGGCGUUUGCCUUGUCUUGCCGAUCAUCACGAACCCUAUCGCGGCCAAACAAGCAAACGAGGAAGGUUUCACAUAUGUCACGUCCCGGAUGAGGUUCUAUAUCGCUUUAGAGAAAUUACUGUGGCCGAGCAACCGUAAAGCCGAUUUAGCUGGCUUAGAGCAAGUGAGAACAGAGCUCGAGGCAACCAUUGUGAAUCUUUAUAAGCACAUCCUCAACUUUCAAAUGAAAACCGUCUUGCGCUGCUACGAAAGACGUGGUUUUAUCUUCCUUCGCGACUUGGUGCAGUAUGAUGACUGGGAAGGGAUGAAGACUGGAAUCACGAAUCUUGAAAAGCGUGUGGAAAGUGAUUCCAAACAGCUCAACGUCAAUACAUCUAGGAUGCUCUUUGAGAGUAUGGAAGAAUCUAUGAGCAAAUACACUUCACUCAUGGAGAACCUGCAAAGUUUGUCUGAGAAGCAACUCGAAAUCAACAAGGAACAGCUUGCAGUCAACAAGGAACAACUCACAUUCCACGAACGGGCCGAGAGAAGAAACCAGUCCGAGAAGGAGUCCGAAUGCCACCAACUGUUCCGACUGGCCCGUGAUGACAGGGAUAGCUCGUACGAGUGGUACAAAAAUCUGGUAGAAGAUGCUAUAGAGGGCACGUGCGAAUGGUUCCUUUCAAGGGAAGAGUUUCAAUCCUGGGAACAGGGACAGACGGGAAUUUUGAUAGUCUCUGCCGAUCCUGGAUGCGGGAAGUCUGUUCUUGCCAAGCACCUAAUCGACAAAAGACUGGCUGGAUCAUCAACUAUCUGCUACUUCUUCUUCAAGGAUCAAUUACAGAACAGGGAAAACCAGGCAUUAUGCGCUUUAUUGCAUCAACUCUUUUCGCAGAGGCCUGAACUCAUCCGACAUGCAAUGUCCGAAUAUCGGCAUAAUGGUCAGAACCUUGUGAAAGUAACAUCGGCAUUAUGGGACAUUCUGUGGAAAGCAACAAAUGACCCGGAUGCACGUUCGGUGGUUAUUGUUCUCGAUGCGCUAGAUGAGUGCAUCACUGAAGAAAGUUUUGACAUGAUUGACAAGUUAAACCGCACGUUCAGGGAGAACACUGGCCUGACUGGGAAGGCAAAAUUCCUUUUAACUACCCGACCAUACUCGCAGAUAACAUCAAAAUUCGACGAACUCGUGGACAAGUUCCCUCAUGUCCACAUACCAGGGGAAAGCCAAUCCGAGAUGAUUAGCGAGGAGGUGAAUCGUGCCAUUGGCCGGAAGGUCAGUCAGCUGACGAAGCUCCGUCCAAAAGCCAGGGAGUACCUUAUGGAAAGGUUGCUCGCCAUUGAAAACCGCACGUACCUCUGGGUGAGUCUGGUAAUCAAAUACAUCGAGACUUCGAGCGUUCCAAGCACCAAGGAUGGAGUCCGCAGGGCUCUCAAUAUACUUCCAACGAGUGUCAAUGAUGCAUACGAGAGCAUUCUCAGCAAAUGUGCUGGCGGGGACGAGGCUUCCAAGGCCCUAAAUCUGGUUCUAGCCGCGGUCACUCCCCUAAGCCUCACAGAGAUGAACAUUGCUAUGAGUGUUGAUGGAUCGACAAAAAGCCUGGAUGAUCUGGAUCUUGAAGAUGACAAAGACUUCAAGGCCAGGCUGAGGGACAUGUGCGGGCUCUUCAUUUCGAUAUAUGACGACAAAGUCCAUUUCAUUCACCAAACGGCUCGGGACUUCCUGGUGAAGAAACAACCCGAAACAUCCAAGACCGGUCGCCGUUACUGGAACGGCACGCUCAACUUGCAGAAUGCCCAUCUUGCCCUUGCAGAGAGUUGUAUUUUCUACCUCGACUCGGACAUGGCCCUGGAGCAUCGCCAAUUCUCUCAAUAUGCUGUACGAAACUGGAUACAUCAUCUACGUGAAUCACAUAUAGUACCGCAGGACGAGCUAGAGUCUUCGGUGCUCCAGCUCUGCGAUCCAAGUUCAGAUAUCCAUAUACGCUGGCCUGGGCUCAUGGGCGAUUUGGCUCCUCUCUGCAACAAGGACCCUUUAUGGACAGCUGUGUGCCUUCGCCUUGGUAAUGUUGUCGAAAUGCUUGUCAAGAACGAAGAUGUGAAACUUGAAUCAAAACACUUCGGGGAGUGCACGCCUUUGGCAUAUGCUGCAAAGGAGGGCUAUGAGGAUAUUGUUAGAAUCCUACUUGCAUCCGGAAGAGUUCGCACAAACGCGCGAGUGGCACACAGACAGACACCCGUUAUGCUUGCUAUCAAGGGACAGAAAGAGGCCGUCGCAAAAGAGCUCCUGAGGGCAAGUGACAUUGAUCUUGGUGCGAGAGAUGAAACCGGCCGAUCAGUCUUGUCAUGGGCUGCUAUGCGGGGUUGUGUUUCUAUCGUGCAAUACCUUUUGGCGUGCGACGAUGUGGAUCCAAAUGUAGCGGACAGGAAUGGGAAGACACCGUUAUUCUGGGCGGUUGUCCAGGAUGAGAUGGUCGUUGUGAGACUUUUGUUGCAGUCGAUUAAGGUUGACCCAAAUGUCAAAGACAAGAGGGGAAGGACUGCCUUAUCGUGGGCAACCACGCACGAGCAAGUGACUAUUCAAGAAUUGUUAUUGAGCUCAAAUAGGACAGAUGCAGAUCUAUCUUCUCAAGACGAGUGA